AUGACUCGCAAGCCACCCCCAAUGCUUAUGUGGGCCACCAUCAAUAACGCCAGCCGUAUCUCACCCGCUCCCGAAAAUCGACAAGAAGCAGAAGAACUUCAAACGGAGAUCCGCCCCCUUACCCGACGCAACCCUCGUCGACGUUCCCGUCCUGGAGUCCGUGCACUCCGACCUCAAGCCACAGCGCCGCCAGAAGUACCACACACGUCUCUUGAAGACCCCCCUGUUGCGUCUUCUUCCCGAGCCCGAAGCACCGCUUCUGAUAACCGACCGCUCCCCGAUGCAGCAAUUUCUGCUAUCGCAGCCAGUGUUAGUCGUACCAUUGAAGCGGCGCGAGCAGCCUCUCUUUCCGCCCCUUCUUCACGAGAGCCUUCCCCCGCCGUUGAACAUUCCAACAAGCGCAAGCUACCGGACUCAAUCAGCACAGGUAGAAAGCGUCAAAAAAGAGACGAGCCUUCUCCUUCCGACAAGAGCGACGAUGAUGGCCCGGGAGAGCCUAGCAUCGACAGGCCUGUCGCUGACGAGGAUCCUUCCGCCAAUAAUUCCGAGGAGGAAUAUUAUGAUGCCACUGAUGUAUCUGAUGAGUUUGAUGCUCUUGUCGCCGCGGCAGAGACUGCUGUUCGCACUGCUGCUGAAGUUUCCUCCCCGGAUAAUGAGCAAGAGACAGUCUCCGAUGUGGCCGAAAGCUCUGGCGAUGAGGAAAACUCUGCUAAAGAGGGUGACUCUGGUGCAGAGGAAAGCACUGACGGGGUGGUUGGCCCUGAUGGAGACUUGACCGAUAAUGACAACCAGAGAGUUCCUGAGGAAUUUUUGGUUGCUUCUGGAAACGAGGUACCUAGUGACGUCGGAGAGGAAGAGGCCGAGGAAGAGAUCGAGGAAGAGGAUGUCGAGGAAGAGAUCGAGGAAGACGCCGUGGAAGAGAUCGAGGAAGAGGACGAUGUGAGCGGAUGCCGAAAGGACACAUACAAAGGAAAGGAGGUUUUCGAUGUGGGCAGCCAUGUUAUCCCUGAGCCUGACAUUAAGUGUCCUUCCAACAAUGGAAGGCAAACAUACGUAAUCAGUUGUGUUGUGCAAACUGGUAACAAUUGCGACAAUGAACAAUAUGUCAACGUACUAGUUACUAACAGAACCACUUUUGUUCAACUGAUCAAAGUGUUACAUGACUUCACAGGAAAAGAUGUCCGGCGUCUCAAUAAGAGCUACAUCAAUGACGUGUGGAACGAUAAGAAGGUGCUCCACAGUCAUAUGGAGAAGUUGACCCUUUGGAGCCAAGGAAUCAGAGAGUACCGAAGUGGCCUAGGAUGCAAUUUCGAAUGUGGCGAGAACGACCUCAGAGGAAACUAG